AUGACGCCUCCGCUCAUCACCGACUUCAGUCGCUGUGUUUUGUCCGAGCACCACAGCAUGUUGUUGGCCAGCGAUCGUGAACUCGCACAGCAUAUGGUUGCGAAGCUAUGCAGAGAAGCGAUUGGUCAACGCUCUGCAAGCCUGGCUUGGGCAUCCAGCACUAAAGUGCAAGCGGUCCACGCGAUGUUCCUGCUGUCCGUUGGUGCGUAUGCUAUCGCCUUGCCAAGAGUGGCGCCCGACUGGCUCGAGGAAAACAUCAUUGCCGAAGCAGGACGGAUAGGAAACGAAGUUUCGAAGCAGCAUAUGAUCUUCCAGGUCGCAGUGAGCGUCCUGGCUGCUCUGAAUCUGCUGUGUUCGGUGAUGCUUGUCCUCGCUUGCCGAGCAGUUCGUUCUGAAGCCAUAGCGAAGAUCAUCGAAGAGACUUGGGAGGAUGCGAGAUCUCAUUCGCACUUCGUUGCUGUUUUGCGCGAGAGCUACAGGAUUUCCAUGGGACUGUUGGCCAUGGUUGUGGUGAUUUAUGCACUUCUAAGUCGCCUGACCCGGCUGCCACAUCCAUUCGCUUUCGUCAUAGGAUGGUCCCCGGCCUUCCUCCCAGCUUGGGUGUUGCUCCAGCUGGUGACCUUCAUUCGCUUGAUGGCUGCUCUUUCCAUGAGCCAGGUCGAGGGAUUCUAUUCGGAACUGGAGUCCAUCGGCUUGGUGAACAUUGACGGCCGCGACUUUGCCAACGUAAAGUCAGGGCACUGGCUGUAUCUGCUCCGCAGGCAUCAGCAACUGCUCCGAGAUUUGAAGUCAAUGUCCAUGGCAAUCUCACCGACAGUACUUGUUUUUCAAAACGUUGUGGCUGGUUCCAGCUUGUUGUUGCUGUGGGUUGCUCGUGCAUGUCAACUGGACCCUUGGGCCGCCUCUGGCUAUGUCCUGUUGGCCUUUACCAUGGGGUGCUCUGGUAUUUUCGCCAUGCUGCCUCUCGCAUACAUUACCGACCUAUGCCAGACUCGUCGCUUUGGGCGGCGAUCGUUGCUUGCACUUGCGGAUAAGUACAGCGGAUGGCCCAUGGAUGAGGGUGUUCACUGCGAGUACAUGCGCUUCAUGCAGCAUCUCAACACGUCAGAGGCAGGAAUCUACAUUCCUUCCAUGGGACUAGUCACCCGAUCGUCCCUCUCAGGGGUAAUAAUGCUGUAUGUAAAGGUUCUCCCACUUGCACUGGCCCUAACAUUGGGCUGGUGGCGGCGAGGAUGA